AUGGAGGACCCAAACGCGGAAGCGAGGGCAGACGAGUCUGUGCUGCUCCGUAUCCCGUCCGAACUCCUCGCGGCGAUAUGCGUCUUCCUGCCCAACAAGGACAUCAAAGCGCUGCGGCUCGCCGGACCGUCCAUCUGCCACGCUGUGCCGCCGCGGUUUUCCCGCGUCUUCCUCUCGCCGAACCCACGCAACGUGGCCGUCUUUCGCGCCAUCGCGUCGCACCCGACCUUUCGGCUCAGCGUCCGCGAAAUCGUCUACGACGACGCGCGCCUCGCGGACCCCGACGUGGACCGAGACCGUCUGAACGACGCCACCCGGGCCGAUGCCCAGGAGGAGCUCAGCGAUGUGGAUGCGUGGAUGGGCGCGGGGUUGCAGCUUGCGGCAAAGGAGGGCGCGAAGCGCGCAUGGUUUGGGAGCCGCCGCGAGAGAAACCUUCGGGAGCUGCAUGGUCGCAAUGCGAACGAUACGGGAAAUUUGGAAAAGAAGAAAGAGAGGGCGGAGCAGAGAGCUGCGCACCCCCCGCUGGAGACUUGCUAUCAGCACUACCUUGGCCUGGUCCGGGAGCAGACCAAGAUGAUGGAGGCGGGGGAGGAUAUCAAGGCGCUCAUCGAGGGCAUAGAGGCGUUUCCGGCGCUGGAAAGGAUUACCAUAACACCAGCGACGCAUGGGUAUCUGUACACCCCACUGUACUGCACACCGAUGAUACGGAGUCUCCCGUACGGCUUCAAUGGCCCGAUCCCCAGGGGCUGGCCGACGUCCAAAGAUACGCCCCUGCAACGCCUCUUGCCGUGGGUGACGGGGCCGGACUGGAACGAAAAUGACGUGAAAAGGCAAAAGGAACGAUGGAGGGGAUUGGUGCUGGUGAUUAAGACGCUGGCGGAACGCAUUCGAAACGGCCAGAGUGUGGUGGCAGGGCUGGUCAUGGACGUGCACUCGCUGAACACGGGCGUCAGUCCCUACAUGCUGACGCAGGAAUGUGAAGAAUACGACAACCUGAAGCUGAUUCUCCAGCAUCCCGGAUUCCACCGUUUGGAACUCCCCAUUCUCAUCACCGGCGUCCAGCACAACGACGUCGCGAUCCUCGAAAACGGCCGGCUCAAGAGCCUUCUCGCCAGCGCGCAGCACCUCCAGCAUUUCCGCCUCCGUGGCGACGGCCAGAUAGACCCCGACUCGCCCUCGCCGCGGCGCUUCUUCCCGCUACAGACUCUUGUGCCCGUAGAGGCGUGGCCGCAGCUGCGCCACUUUGGCCUCUCCAAGUUUGUCGUGCGCAUCGCCGACCUCGUCGCGGCGCUGGCGCGGCUGCCCCCGACGCUGCGCUCCGUGGAGCUGAGCUUCCUCGACUUCCACGGCAGCGAGAGCCGCGAGAACCACGAGGGCCUGCUCGAGCAGAUGAAGCUGAGGCUGCCCUGGGUGACCUGGCCCGCCGAUGCUCGGCCGCAGGUGACGAUGGGCAUGGCCAAGGUGACCAACAACGUCGACGGACGGGGCCUGUGGUUUAGCAAGGAGAUUGGGGAGUACUUGUACGGCGACAAGCGGAACCCGUUUGACUGGCACAGGGAUGUGCUGCUGCCGGGUGUGGGGUGGUUGAGGGACGAGUAUGAUGAGGAUUUUGCGAGACCGUAUCUGGGCUACAAGGACUACCGCGCGUUGUGGUAUAGUGAGGAGAGCUAG